AUGCCUAGUUUCGAAUACAUGCAUUACCGAGUCCGAGGUGCGGCUCAUCACACUUCCCUUCACGUAAUCUCGCUCUUUAUCGAUGGACUGAUGGCCAGUUCCGCGGCAGAUUCGGGCUGGAUCGGCAGUGAUGACAUCCCGUACGGCUUCACCACCCACGUAGAGAGUGGUACACAUCUCUGCAGUUCAUGUGAUGAAUACUUGCAUCCUUCCUUGACAUCGUGGCAAUACCGCUGCAAGUACCGAUCCUUUCUAGCAACUUCGCAUCUGGAUGCUCCGCCGAGCAUCCGUCUCAACCAGAUCAUGCUGGAUGAACACCUUCUUGUCUGCAAAGCUAACCCAAAUACCUUCAAGUCCGUUCCCAGCCGCCCCUGGGGCUAA